AUGGCACAAUCACAAUUGAAUCUUAGCUUUGAAGGAAUUCCCGAAGAUUUCAAUUACUUUUAUUUAUACUUUCCGAAGUAUAAAUAUAAGACUCUUACAUUAAUGUCGACUAAAAAACGACAUAUUAAAAAUAUCAAAAAAAAUGCAUCGCCUCCUCGUCCUCCUAAUAAAUUUUUUCUCUUCAAGAAUGCAUUCAUGCUGGAAUUCAAAUAUCAGUAUCAGAAACGUUUCGAAAAACUAAGUAUGCCAAACUUGUGUAAGUACACACAAGAAAUUUGGAAGAAUGUACCAGAGGAAGUGAAAACUACAUACGCUAAGUUGGCAGUGGAAGCACAAACUAUGCACAAUGAGCUUUUUCCAAAUUAUGUGUAUAGACCCAAUAAAAAAAAAAGAGUUAAAAAAGGAGCAUGUGUAAAUGAUCAAGAAGAUAGCUCUAUGAGUAAGAAUAUGUCGACUUUUAGCAGUACAACUCUUUUAGCAGAACAAUUGCAUUCGAUUGAAGAUCCACAAACUACUAUAUCACCAGUUGCUACACCUCCUAUUACUUCAUCUACUACUACUUCACCUAUUAUUAAUUCACUUACUACUCCAUCUGAUGGAUCACCUCUUAUUCCUUCACUUGAGGGACAAACAUUUUUUCAACCUCCUGAGGAAUUUGAUUUUUCUUUGACUGGAACACAAUAUACUAUAUCACCGGGACAAACAUUUUUUCAACCUCCUGAGGAAUUUGGAUUUCAUUUGACUGGAACACAAUUUACUCUUUUGCCUGAUGUAUCAACAUAUAUGUUUUAUCCUGAGGAAUCAAUUAUUCCUGAGGGAUCUUUGGCAUUGGAAUUCCCCACUAACCUCGACAAUAUUAAUCAUAUUACAUCUGAUGCCUGUAAUAUAAAUUAUUAUUUUCUUGAACUAAUCAGAGGACACACGGCUUUUAUAACGGUAUAUAAGUCCGUCCGUCCGUUCGUAAUAUUUGCUAGACAUAAUAAGCAUGAUGACAAUGAAUUUUCGGAUUAUAACUCCGGAAACACAAUAUUUGUUACUUAG